UAGGAUCUUUUGGUAGUUCAUCAUCAUAUUCUACCAGAGAAGUUUCCUCACAGCAUGCAGAAUAUCGUCACACCUUUGCUCCAAAAGCAAUUCGCAGAAAGCAUUACGGAAUCAAAUUAUUUUUUGCACCUUUACAAGAGACAAGAAAUUGGAUAGCGUUGAUGUAUUUGAUCCUGUGGAAUCUUCCUUAUUCAUGUUUUUGUUUUGGAUGGGUUAUUGUAACCUUUAUUGGUAGUGUUAUAUCUUUGAUAUUUCCUCCUGUCGGUUAUGUUUUGUUGCUCUUUUCAAUUUAUUCGUGGAGGAUGCUCGGUCGCUUUGAGAUAGCGGUAUUAAAUUCCAUUUCGUCAUCGGAUAAUUUAGCAGCGAUCACACGUAAACCACUUCCUUCUAUAACGAAAGUGACACCACCUAUUUAUCUAUAUUCACCAUUAAGCAGUACUAAUUAUCAAAUUCCU